CAUGUUUCCUAGCUUGGUUUCCUAAAUAUUUUGACGGGGUACCCGAGACAGUUUGCGAAUUGCAGGACACUAAAUAUUUUGAAGUUUACGCAAGGCUGUUUUUAUGAAUGUUUAAUUCAUUUAUGGACACUUACUAGUCACUCAAAGGAGGGCACUGAACGAAUGUGGGUGCAUGCAGCAUGUGUAAGUUAUGAAGUUUUGCACACAUUCAAAUUUCCUAUGCAUCCAUUCCAUUGUUUUGUCUCCAAUUGUUUGAUCUGAGCCUAUAUACAGCCUUGGAUCUGAGCCCUGAGAGGGCUGCUCACGGGCACCACACACACUGAGUGUGGUGUGUGCCUUGUGUGGUUAUAUGGCCUUGGUGUGUGCAGCAGACAUGGGGGUAGGAGCAGUAGGGGAUGGGUAGUCAGUAUGCCACAUGGAUCACGGUUGUGUGCGGUGGACUGCACACAUGACACAGCCAUCCCUGUGUGGCCGGUCCCGACGGACCUCAGCGGUCGCUGUGUGCGAUGAUGGAUUAUGGAAGACGCAGUGGGCGGAGCUUGGAGCCUGUGGAGAAGGAUUGGACAUUUUGACAUGAUUACUUUUUAAUAUUUGUAUUGAAGUUCUGAAGCUCUGAGGUACCUUCCCAAGAACUGUAUUGUAUCAAUAAUGAAAGCUAAAGCAACACCACAAAGUCCUCUGAAACCUGUCAAAAAAGGCAACAUGAGAAGGAAGCUGGGCAUUGACAACAGGACCACUGCAGACCAAGAUGGUAGUCCUGACAGUUGCUCAAAUGCUGGAAAUGGCACAACUAUUCAGAAAAAUGUAAAACGAAAACAAACUGUGAAUCACAAGCGCAAAAGGGCCGCAGUAUCCCAUCCUAAUGAGGAUAGAAGCUGUGGUGGGUUGGUAGCUAUCAGUCAAGAUGCAGAUAUCUCUGGUGAGAAGUCCACAUUGCAAUGUCCACAGCAAGCUGUACCACCAGAUCAUCCGUCACAUUCUGUCUCGGAGGCUUUGGUGAAACUUGUGUCAGCAGUGAAAGAUCUCUUCAAGCAGCAUAGUCUACAAUCAAUGGUGGAGUUCAAUAUUCACAUUCCGAGCAAGUCAGAUGUGACCUUCCAACCAAAGUGUGAAGAUUUGUCUGAGGUUCAGAAGAGCUUGCAGCAUCUUUGUUUAUGUCUGCAGGACCUCCAGAGCCUGGUUGAUUUGGAACUAGCAGCUGCUGAAGCACAGGUCAAAGCACAUGCAUUGUUGCCAGCAGCGCCCACACCGUCAGUGGCUCAGCCAGUUGCCGAGGACACCGCCGUAGCUGAGCGCGAGCUGUCGCCGCCGGCUGAGGAGACGGAGGACGACCCCGACUGGUCCGCUCCGUCCGACCACGAGGAGGAGGGAGAGGGAGAGGAGGAGGACGGGCCCGAGCCCCCGCCCGCCGCCGGUCGCCGAGCCGCCCGUCCCGCCGCCACGGAGCAGGCGUUCGUCUGUACCAGCGCCGGCUGCGAGCAGAAGAGCGGCGUUCCGCGCCGGUUCGCCUCGGAGAAGAGUCUGCGUAUGCACCGUGUGGCGUGCCACGGUGAGAAGAUGUCCAGCCGCCGGUACCACGAGUACACCUGUCCGCUGUGUGGCAGCGUGCAGAAACGACCGCGAGAGCUGGCCGCACAUAUUGUGACAUGUCAGGGCAGGGGCGAGGUGGCCGCGCCGCCGGCCGCCGACGGUGCCGAUCCGGCGGCCGGCGCGGACGGCUCCCAGUUCAUCAUGUGUCGGCUGUGUCACCUGUGCUUCCCGACCGGAGACAUGCUGCGGGCGCACAGCUGCCAGUACGGGGACUCCGGAGGUGUCAUACAGGAGCUGCUCGGUACCGGCACCCUGUCGAUCAGCGGCGCCGAGCUGGCGACUCUGCGCCGCUUCAUCUGCUACCAGUGCCGCGAGGAGUUCCGCAACCAGACCAUCUACCGCGUGCACCUGCAGUUCUGCCGGCCGCCGCCGUAUGCGUGUGAACUGUGCGGCGUGGAACUGCCCUGCGGCCGCCGACUGGUCAUGCACAAAAUGAGCGAGCACAGUAAGUCAAAUCGGCCGAUGUUCUUCUGUCGCGCGGAUGGCUGCGGGCUAUCGUUCCGACGAAAUGCCGCUCUUCAGAAGCACAUGAUACAGCGCCACUCUAACCAGCCGACCGGGCAGCCGUAUGGCUGUGACGUGUGCGACAAAAAGUUCAUCAAGAAGAUCUACCUGACACACCACAAGCUGCGCUACCACCACGAUACGCUGCAGAGGGACUUUGUGUGCGAUGUAUGCGGCGCCCGGCUCGGCUCCAGCAGCGCUCUCACCGUUCACGUGCGCUCGGUGCACGCGCGGCCCGAGCACACGUGCCACGUGUGCGGCAAGGUGUUCUCGCGGCCCGACCGGCUGGCCAUUCACGCCAAAAUACACACUGGCGUGAAGCCGUACAAGUGCACCCUGUGUCCGAAGGCAUUCAUCCAGCAGUGUAAACUGAACGACCACCUCCGCCGUCACCGGGGCGAGCGGCGCUUCCGCUGCGUCAUGUGCGACAAGGUGUACGCGGCCAGCCAUGACCUGCGCUCCCACCUGCGACGGAUACACAGCGUAGACAUGGUGAACAAGACGCACACCAUCCAGCCGGUGGCGUCUCUGCUCCGGCCGCUGCCGCCUCCGGAGCCGGAGCCUGAACCGGAGCCGGAGCCGGAGCCGGCGGUACAGGAGCCGGAGGGCGCGGAGCAGCAGCCGGAGCCGCCGCAGCACCAGCAGCUCUCCGCAGUGGUGCCCCAGACACUGCAGAGCGUACAGCUGCACUCUGUGCAGGUGACGGCGCCGACGCCAACCCUGCACGUGCAGGACCUGUCGCAGCUGGGCGGCGGUCUGAUCCUGAUCCCGGCAGUGGACGCCAGCGGUGGCACCUCCUUCUACCCCAUCAUCAACCAGUGAGACGACGGGCCGUCCACGGGGAGGUCAUCAUCAGCCAGUGGGAGUACGGGCCGUACACAGAGAGGCCACCUCCUUCUACCCCCAUAAUCCAGUGAGCCGACGGGCCGUUCACGAAGAUGUCACCGUGUAUCAUCGUAUUCAUCAGCCAGUGAGCCGAGCCGUCCGACCGUCUGCCACAGAUACGACCGUCCCUGCCUCUGCGUCGGGCGGGUCAGCCGUCAGCUCUACCGUAUCAUCAUCAUCAGCAGCAUAAACGGCUGAUUAGUGGCAGCGGUACAUUAUUAUCAACAGCAUGAGAACCUCAUCAUCACAUCAUGUGUUUUUUACGAUUAUUAUAAUGUCGAUAUCAUGUGACCGUUAUUUAUUUCGUCCUCACACGUUAUCCAAGCGACAUGUGCCCAUUUGAUGGCAGCUAUAUAAGGUCAGCACUGGCACUGAGCUAAGUUCGUUUUUAUAUCUUGCAUACGGACGGAUGUCGUAACGAGGAAGGGAACAAAUCAUGUUUGUUGUUUUAUUGACAUGGAUGUGAUGCAUUGCCAUUUGUAUUUUAUUGCAGGUAUGGCGAAAAGAUUCAUUUUGCAUUCCGAUUGUUCUUUCCGAUUUUAGUGUCCCAUCGGUAUUUUUCGAUCAGCCGACCGACGAGGCACCUUGUGGUGUUUCAAUCUGCAGUCUUUCAACUGAAUGUCAUUGGCUUAGAUAAGGAAUUGGUGGUUUGUGCAGACAUCAACGUGCCUGUUCCUCUGUUGGUUGUCCGUUGUGAACUGAACUAGAGAAAUAAUCAUCUGAGAUACGGUUUCACCCCGCA